UGUGGGCAGGUCAGCAUCAGGCAGGAGAGGUUUAUCGAAGGAGUAAGGUUGCUAAGGCAUCUUUGAAACUACUUUCUUGGCUAUGACCCAAACAAAGCAGGCAACCAGGAGACUAUUUACUGAUCCUGGAUGAAGAGUUCGGAGAAGAGAUGUGUUACUUCUGCACCAGUGCUUUAGUUCAGCAGGUGGAUACGUUAAACAUGCUAAAGACAUGCAGAUGCAAGAGUUUCAGGUGUGUGUGGGGACUGAGUGCUCUGCUCCUUACUCUGGUUCAUGGAAACAACGCCGGUCAGCAGGCCAAGGAGGCGCCACCCUGCCAGCCAGGUUUCUUCUGCCCUUUGUGGAGCUUCACUCCAAUCCCCUGUCCUAAGGGAACCUACGGGCAAACUGCUGGUGCCGUGUCUGUAGACAGUUGUCUGAAGUGUCCUCCUCACCACUACUGUCCUAGACCAGGUCUGUCUGCGUCACUGCCCUGUGGUCCUGUGGCUGAACAGCCUCUGCCUGGUCAGGACUCAUGUGUCUGCCUGGGCGAGGGACAGAGCUUCCAGACCAGUGACGGGCAGUGUCUCUGUACCAUCGGCUACCAACCUUACAACAACGGAGAUUUGUGUGUACACAAACUGUACGACGUCUGCAGAGAUGGAAAAACACGUACUCAGUAUGGAGACUGUUUGGACAGAUAUCAGUGGUUACUACACUGUGGACAGCAGGUGUGUCGAUCUGCAGAGGACUACCGGGGCUAUGAUGGGGAACUGGGUCUGUGUGUUUGCAGAGAGCCUCCUGGAAGAGCUGCAUGUGGAGGCCUAUGUGGUAGAAGGUCAGUUACUCAGCUGAAAUUCCAGUGCCAGUCCAAUGGAGAAAUGGAGCUGGUGUGGAAUUAUGAGAGUCAGGUGUCAGGCAUCUCAGGCAAGGUGCUCGAGAUGGUUUUUAAACAGUGGGACCCCCAGGGGACUCUAGAGUGCAACAGCCACCUGAACUCCUCGCAUUCUGUCUACAUUGUUCAGACAACAGAGGCAGGCUUCUUCGGCGUCCACGGCGGACUCCCAAAGGAGCUCCAGCAACUGUUUCCUGUCAACGCACAGCAAGACACUCUGAGCUCAGCUGAAAGAUAUUCUGAGGUUCUGUGGGAGGUCACAGGAGUUGAAAAUAUCAGUCAAGGAGGUAGAGAAAUGAACUCCAGCAGCAGGAGGGGAAACAGGAGAGAUAUAGAGGAAGAAGAGAAAGAAAUGACUGUAACUGGAGUUCUGAACCCCACAACGUGUCUUCAUUUGGGUGAUGUUGUGCUGUUCACUGUCGACACACGUCACUAUCCUCAGUAUGACAUAGACAACUUGUACAACACAAACAGUGACUUCGACUGGGGUGCGUUCAGGCAGCUAAAAGAGGAGCUGGUUUUAUCUUGGACUCCUCCCAGCUUCUUUUCAGUGGUCUUUAACCAACAUGGAGUAUAUGUUUUUAAACUGAGCAGCCAUCAGCACAAACGCUUGUAUGUGCGGGUGAUGCCUGCGGGCGGCCAGUGUUAUGAGCCCGGCCCGUUCUUUCCCGCUGCCCCACGUCAUGUGACCAGAAUGGGAAUCAGACGGAGACGCAACCUGCUGCUGAGACCAGAUUGGCUGGUGACUGGCGGACUGCUGUUUGGAGCUGUGGUCAUCCUCUGUUUAUGUGUUACACUGCUGAUCCUUUUCCGUGAAUAUGGAUGGCCUGAGAAGAAGCCAAUCAGAGCGCAGUAUCGCUUGUCGCAGUUGGCCUACCACAUGGAGGACUACUCAUCCAAAGGUUCAAGGGUGAUCUCACUUAGGAAGGUUCACCGAAACCAACAAGCUAGGAUGACACAAGACUCCAUUCAACCAGCAGUCUGUGCAGACACCUUGGAGGAGUUCUGGGAUUAUGAACACCAGGUUGAUCUGGAGGCUUUCAGCAGCAGCACCUUUUACAGCCUCCUGCUCAAACAAAGUCUGUCUGUCACUUCACGGCUGGGACAGCUCACGGCUGAGGUGAAGGAGCUAUACCAAGGGGUGCUUGGUAAACUGCAGCUACUCCACCCACGCUUGAUCGCUGAGGAGAGGGCUGGGGACAGCUAUGGGAGGAUGAGAAGGGAGGUGGAGCGGGAGGUGUUGCGACGAAAGACUCUGGCAUCACAGCUGAGGACUCUGCUCGACAGUCAGCUGGAGGUUUGCAGUACAUCGUAUUCCUAACUUUGAUUUUCCCUG